AUGGUCCCCAGCAACACCACGGCUCUUUAUACCAGUGAUGAGUGGGAAUGCAGUGACAAUCCGGCUGGGAUUGCAUUCUGGAGUGCUCUACAGGUUCUAACUGCCAUUCUGGGAUUGCCAGCCAAUGUGGCAGUGCUGUGGAUUUUACUGAGGAAACAAACUGCCAUCUCCUCUUCUGAGGUGUUCGUACUGAACCUGGCAGUCAUGGAAGCUUUGUUCUGCUUCAAUACACCCCUUGAUAUAUAUAAUUAUUACUGUCUUGGUAAUAGCAUUGUUAACGUGGUAGACUGUGUUGUCUAUUAUUGUAAUGUGUUCGGCUGUCCUCUGUUCCUUUGCUGUAUCUGUGUGGAGCGUUAUGUGGCCGUGGUGCAUCCAGUCACCUACCUGGGGUUCAAAUCUCUCACCUAUAGAGUGCUGUGCUCUGCUGUGGCUUGGGCCAUUGCUUUGGCAUUCUCCAUCUACUUAACUAUAACAGAAGACGACAUUUUAUAUGUACACACAGGUUUCAUCUCUGCCUUGUUUAUUGUCAUGAUUUUCUGUAACCUCUCCAUCCUGAGGAUCCUGAGGAGGUCUGCCCCAGGGAGAGACGAGAUCCACCCCAUGAUGAAGAAAGCCUUCCACAUGGUUUUUACCAUUUUAAUGCUUGUGUUAGUUUCCUAUUCCCCAAUCGUAGCCAUGUUCCCAUUUAAAGCAUAUUUCAAUAAGACUACAUUUCUAUGUUAUAUCAUGCCAGCAUGCUAUUGCUUUUUUAUCCCCAAGAGCUUCAUACAGCCUUUGCUCUACCUGUCUAAUGUGGAUACAUUGUCUUGUGCGCAGUUUGCAUGCAAUGGAGGGUGCUGUGUAGCACUGAGCCCCACUGCAUGAAGUCAACAGAAAACACGUUCCAUUGGAGAGCAAGUAGCUUCUAAUGACAUUUCAAACCAGACACAAGCACCUCCGUCAGGCAAUACAGACAUCUCAGUGAAACUCGUUGUUUAAGAAUCAGCCCUCAGACCAGCUCAGAGCGAUUGCAAACAUCAUUACCAGUUUGAAAUGUCAUGUCAGGCUCGUUGCUCUAGAAGGGAUUUUUUAACUGUGUGAUUCUGCUCUUUAUUGGCUUCAGGUUGUUUUUAUUGUGUAAAAGUCGCUUGCCUCUCCAUUGUAAAUAGAUCCUCUUCAUCCUGUUAGGUGGGUGAGACUCCAAAUCAAAGCUUCACUACAUUCUAGUGUAUACAAUGCAUGUUUUACUUAGUAGAAGAAGCCAUUAAGAAUGACAAAUCCGAUUAUUCUAGGGUGAAAAUACUAGGAUGUUUUCAAAUAACCUUUAGCACAAUAUACAAUUUUAAAUACUCAUGCUUGAUUUUGCUUUGUUGAAAAUGUCUAGUACAUAGUACGCAUCUUGUACUUAGAAUAAGAAGCCGUUAAGAAUUAAAUUAAAAUAUAAUAAGCAUAGGCUAUUUUUGUUAUGUUUUAGCAAAAUAUAAGAUUUUAAAAACGCAUUGUUGAAUUAUAUUGUUGAAUAUGUUAAUAUGAACUGUAAAGUAGAAAUAUA